CAAUACCAGAGGGAGUGGAAGCUUGCUCUCUGACUUUUCUCUCUCUCUUCAGAACUUUCUGUAGCAAUGUUGCCUUCUGAAAAUGUCCGAAUCUGGAGGACCACGUGGAGAGUAACUAUACACUCAUACCCAAAUUAUGGAGGCCCAAAGGAGUGCGUAAUGCAGCAAAAUGAGAAAAGUGUCCGGUAACACCCGAGUUGACAUUGCUCGACUUUGAAAAGAUCACAGACACGAAUUAGAAUCACGAGGCCAUUCGCCUACACUCCACAGACAGCGUCGGGUCUGUAUAGCAGAAUGGCUUCCAAACGUCCUUUUCCUGACAUGGACAUCUCCUGUCCCGUGUGCUGUGACAUCUUCAGGGAUCCCGUUAUUUUGUCCUGUAGCCACAGUGUGUGCUGCGCCUGUCUGCAGCGGUUCUGGGAGGGCAAAGAAUCAAAGCAGUGUCCAGUUUGCAGGAGACAAAACCAAAUGGAUCCUCUCAUUAAUCUGGCUUUGAAAAACCUGUGUGAGGCUGUUCUGCAGGAGAAAAGCAAAGAAGCCUCAGUAGAUUCUGAGGAGCUUUGUAUUCUACACAGUGAGAAGCUUAAACUCUUCUGUCUGGAGGAUAAACAGCCUGUGUGUGUGGUGUGUCAGACUUCAAAAAAACAUAAAGACCAUGACUGCUCUCUUAUAGAUGAAGCCGUACGUGACUGCAAGGAACAAGUCAUGACCACACUGAAGUCCUUACAGGAAAAGUUGAAGAUAUUUGAAGAAGUGAAGUCAACCUGUGAGAAAUCAGCAAGGCACAUAAAGGUCCAGGCCCAAGAAACAGAGGUACAAAUUAAGGAAGAGUUCAAAAAACUUCACCAGUUUCUCCGAGAUGAAGAGGCAGCCAGGAUAGCUUCCCUGAGGGAGGAAGAGGAGCAGAAACGUCAGAUGAUGAAGAAGAAGAUUGAAGAGUUGAGUGGAGAGAUAUCAUCUCUUUCAGACACCAUCAAAGCCGUGGAGGAGGAGUUAAAGGCCGAGGGCAUAACAUUUUUACAGAAUUGCAAGACGACAAUGGAAAGAGCCCAGUGCACACUGCAGGAUCCAGAGAUGGUUCCAGGAGCACUGAUCAAUGUGGCAAAGCACCUGGGCAACCUAAAGUUCAGAGUCUGGGAGAAGAUGCAGGAGAUUGUUCAGUACACUCCCGUGAUUCUGGAUCCCAACACUGCACACCAAGGACUCGAUCUGUCUGAAGAUCUCACCAGCGUGAGAUACACAUGCGAAGAUGAAAGCGAGAGCAAUGUGGCAAAUGAGAGAAUCUAUGACGUUUUUGAUGGCUACAUCGAAAACGUCGAAGAGAACGAGGAAAUCCUAGAUCUUCCCUGUAAUCCGGAGAGAUUCGAUGAAUCCCCGUGCGUUCUUGGUUCUGAGGGAUUUGAAUCAGGGACACAUUGCUGGGACGUUCGUAUUGGUGACAAUAAAAUUUGGGUGCUGGGUGUGAUGGCCGAGUCUGACCAAAGAAAAGGAAAGUUUUCGAAGAAAAAAAAAUGGAUGAUAGGGCGUCAUAAUGAUAAAUAUACAUCGUCAUCUCCCACAAGAGGGAACAUCAAACUUGAAGUGAAAGAGAAUCCCCAGGUUUUAAGAGUGCAGCUGAACUACGACAGAGGGGAACUGUCAUUCUUCAACCUCCUUAAUAACAUGCACAUACAGACUUUCAAAUCUGCUUUCACGGAGAGAAUCUUUCCAAUUUUCUCUCACAUCAGUAGAGACUGCCCUCUGGAGAUCCUACCAAUGAAAUCUACUGUGGUUGUUAGGCAGCAGAAUUAUACCUGAUGUAGGACUAACAUUGUGAUAGACGUUAUGAAACAAAUUUAUUUUGUGAAUCUGCUGAAAAUGAAUGCUAAUGACCUCAAAAUGGUCUGAAAUUCAAGUACAAAAAGGCAUCUCCGGAAACAUCACAAUGUAUGUGGAUGGAUUUGUGAAAGCACCACCUGUGCAGUGACAUGCAAACACAGUCAUUUUCCCUCUGUACAUUCCAGAGUUCCUGAGUUACCAGUGAGGAGUUUUUUUCAAUACAAAUAUGAAACCCUGUCUGUGAUUGAAUUCAUUUUUAAAUUGUGCUUUUGUUUGUUUGUUUGUUUUUGGUUAGCAUAAAU